CAGUAUUCCGGGCAGCUCGGUGGUGUUUGUAUCUAGUGCCGUUGAAAUACUCCAACAAAUAUUUUCCUCGUUUCAAUCGCAUUUGAAGCAAUAAAUAUAAAAACCAAGUACAAAAUGGCAAACUUCGUGUGCUUCGUCGUCCUUUCGUUGGCUCUCUUCGCAAGUGUUGCUGUGGCGCGACCGGGAUAUGCCCUGGAUUACUAUGAUCAUCCGAAAUACGCCUUUAACUACGGAGUGGCUGAUCACAGCACAGGAGAUGUGAAGUCACAACACGAGACGAGAGAUGGAGAUGUAGUCAAGGGUCAGUACUCUCUGGUUGAGCCCGAUGGUUCCAUCCGCACUGUGGAUUACACGGCGGACUCCAUUCACGGCUUCAACGCCGUGGUGACCAAGUCUGGACCCACUGUGCACGCCCAGGCGGUGGUGGCCAGUCCCAUUGUGGCCCACAAGCCCGUCCUGACCCACUAUGAACCGCAGGUGGUGAAGCAUGUGGCUCCAGUGGCCCACGCUCCUCUGGUGGUGGCCUCCCCGGCGCCGUAUGUGGCCAAGCACUAUGCUCCGGCGGCAGCUGCACCCAUCCACUACGACUACGAUGAUGGCUACUACAACCAGGGCCAGCAGUACGAGUACAUCCCCCAGUACGACCAGUACAGCGGGCAUUACGGCCACUAUGCGAGUCCCUAUGCGGGCCACUACUAGGACGCACUCCGAGCUCCCAGUGGAUUCACUUCUUAGUUACUUAAGCCCGCUUAGCUGUACGCCUCCACCUGGAACUUCAAUGGAUUCUCUCAGUGUAGCUUGCGAAGGAAUUCUGAGAUCUACGCUGCGCGGUCAAACAAAAGGGAAACAUCAAGGUUAAUCUUACUUAAGUUAUGCAACAAAUUUGUAAAAUAAAGAUUCGAAAAAAUGUUUAAGUGAA